UUCCUGCUGCCUCUCUCUCUCUCUUUCUUGCUUUGCCCCUCCUCCUCCAUUUUGUUUUUAAGGUCGAAGAAGAGCUGCCAUCGCCGCUUCUUUUCCCGCCGUUGCCGCCUCUUUCUGACUCCUUCUCCUCCGCUGCUCCUUGUUGCCUCCGACCCGGAAAAAAGGGGAAGCGAAACGCGUCGUAUGUCCGCUAUCCAGAACCUCCACUCCUUCGACCCCUUUGCUGAUGCAAGUAAGGGUGAUGAUUUACUUCCUGCUGGGACUGAGGACUACAUCCAUAUAAGGAUCCAGCAGAGAAACGGCAGAAAAACCCUCACCACUGUCCAAGGCAUUGCCGAUGAUUAUGAUAAAAAGAAACUGGUGAAGGCCUUCAAGAAGAAGUUUGCCUGCAAUGGCACUGUGAUUGAGCAUCCUGAGUAUGGAGAGGUGAUUCAGCUUCAGGGGGACCAGCGGAAGAACAUAUGUCAGUUCCUCAUUGAGAUUGGCUUGGCUAAAGACGACCAGCUGAAGGUCCAUGGGUUUUAAGUGCCUGUGGGUCACCGAAGUCUCAAGGGAGAAAACAUCCCUACAAUGAGAAAUUCCUUGUGUCCCGCACCGCUAGUUUAAAACAAGCCAUCUUGCAUAAUGUAAUCUCAUCAGGUUCCUUUUAGAUUGGACUAGUGUAAUUCAGCAAUGUAAUAAACUGACAAGAGCCCACAUUGUGUUGUCUUGCUGUCCCUCAUUUAAACCAGACACACUUGUGGUGUCAAGCCAGAAGCUUAUUCUGCACAAGACAUUUCUUUUAGAAGGCCCAUGGCUGUUCUGGCUCUGCUGGGGACUUGUCCAAUGUUUUAAAACACCUCUGUUAUAUUCAGGACAACAACUAGCAGUGUCUGUCUUAAAUGAACUGUGACAACCAAGUAUCAAAAGGCAGGUACAGUCUGAACUACCUUGGCAUAUCUGAAGGAAUCUCCCCUCAAAGGUAUUAGGGGAUGUGGAAGUCAAAAACCCCUUGGGACAGGCACUGAGGUGAUGAAACCAGAUACACCAAUAGCAGGCUCAGAUUGAAGGGAACAGUUUUUAAAUAGGAUGUCUUUGCAAAGCACUGCUUUAGCAACUAACAGCCCUGUGAAGCAACAGAUGUCUUGGUUUGAGUCCUGAUGUUCUGUGUAAUGUAUUUAAACAGUUAUUUAAAUAAAAAUGAUUUUCUGAAA